AAAAAUACUCCUACACUCAUUCAAAACAAGUUCACACUGUAAUUAAAAUCCAUAUAACAUAGCUUUGAUUAAGUAAUAAAAAAUUUAGUUAUUAUUGCAAUGAAGUGAUCAAUAUAUGUAACAUCUUAAAGUGUUUAUUCCCGACUACAUAUUAACUAGUGUCUACCAGCUUUAAUAAUAAAUAUACCAACGUAACAGUACAAUCACGAAGAUACCACAUCUCUUUUGAUCAAUAUUCUUCCUUACCAUUUUUUUCGUAUUUUUGCUGUAUAUGUUUUAUUUUUGAGUAGUGUAAUUGGUGUUUUUACUGUAAUAAUUAUGUUUGUUUACACUUCCCUGUUGUUCUUCGUGUUAUUUUGUCUGAGAGGGCUCAGGUACAAUGCUGAUUCUGUCGUAGACGGCACUGAACUCCUUAUGUCUUUUUUGGUUCAUCGACAUGGUGAGAGAACUCCGGUACAAUCAUCUCUGACACUCAGCAAUCAUGUCGAUGAGCUUAGAAAGGCCUCCGCCAAAUAUGGAUUUGGACAGCUAACUAACCUUGGCAAACGCCGUUCCUACCAGCUGGGCCAGUUCAUCAGACGUCGCUACGACAAGCUCCUGUCCCCGACCUUCAACAGAUCAGAGAUCUACGUCCGCUCCACUGACUUCAUCAGGGCCAAGAUGACAGUACUGACUGCGCUGGCUGCUGUGUACCCUGCUACUGCAGACAACUGGAGCACUGACAUCAACUGGACACCAGUUCCUUACACCACCGUGCCUGCUAAAUAUGACUUUAACCUGGCAAUAAUAAACUGCCCGAAGUUCAAAGAGUCCUUCUUUAGAUCUAAGAUAACAUCAACAGUUCCCGAGUUGGACCUUUACGCAGACACAUUGGCACAUUGGUCCCAUAUAGUGGGCAACAACAUCUCAUCGCAACCCCUGAUUAUACCAUACGCUCUAUACGACCUGUAUGCUUGUCAGAUUAGUUUGGGAGUUCCCUUAGAAGACGAAAUCGCAGAAAUUUACCCUGAGAUAGAACAGAUAGCCGCCAUAGCUAUUAAAGCUAUGUUCUACACGGAUUCAAUGAGAGCGCUGUCUGCUGGUGUACUCCUGAACGAGUUCUUCACAGUGGCUGACAAAGUUAUUGCUGGAGUGGACGUGCAGAAAGUCCACAUAUACUCCGCUCAUGAUGUGAACGUGUUUGCCUUGGAGGCGGCUACUAAGGUGGCCAACCCUCAAGGGGUACCCAAAUACGCGUCAGCAUACGCUUUGGAGUUGAGGAAAGUGGUGGAUACUGGAGAAUAUGUGGUCGUGCCGGUAUACCUGAACACGCCUAAAGAAGAAGUGAUCACCUACCUGGAGAUCGAAGAUUGCGGCCAGCUCUGUGCCUACGACAGCUUCCGAAGCACCACUUCUAGAUACAAUUUGAAGGAGAGUGAAUGGAGAGCUGAAUGUGGCUUCUCCGAUGACUUGGAUGUUGAUUCUUUUGCAAUUGACUAAAGUACAGUCUCCACUAGGCAACAAUAAGGAUGAUAUAUUUUUUUAAUGUCCGUCUUAUAAUUUAGAACAUUAGAUACGUAUUUUCCUAAUUAAGAACUUUCGACGAUACCUUGAUUGGUUUGAAAUAUUGUGUGACGUCACGAUUUUAUAUUGAGCAGUGACAUAAUAAAUCCGACACUAAACUGAAAUAAAUGUAAGUAUUUCUCUACAUGAAGAAAUAAAAAUGUAUCUAACCGCCGUAUUCAGAGUCACUUAAUGACUACUUAACCCAGUCCUUAGCAAUUGUUUUCCGAACAAAAUUGUCACUAACUACCACACUCAGAGACAUUUAAUGAUUACUUAAACUAUUCCUUAGUAACAAUUUUGUAUCGAAAACAAUUGCUUAGGAUUAGUUUAAGUAACCAUUAAAUGACUGAGUACGACGGUAAAGAAUAGUUAAGGUCAUCAUUACAUGUCUUUGAGUAUGGCAGUAAUAUGUUCUUCUUUAUUUAACUGACGGACUAAAUAGGUUUUUAAUUUACAUAUCUAACUACAUAAUUGACGGGCAACACGUGACAUUCAACAUGUUCAGGAAUGUUGCAUAGCAUCGCGCGACGUUGCCUUCGAGCGCGCAACAUAACGCAGCAUGUUGCUUGUUGCGGUACAACAUUUGUAUAAGCAUCAUCGGAGGCCCAAUACCCCCUUCCCAAUCUUCUCAAUCCCAAAUUCUCCAACAAUCCUUAAAUUCCUAACCCCCAAAAGGCCGGCUACGCACUUGUAACGCCUCUGGUGUUUCAAGUGUCUAUGGGCGGCGGCGAUUGCUUACCAUCAGGUGAUACGUCUGCUCGUUUACGGCAUGUUCCAUAAAAAAAAUGUUGCCUAGUGGACGCAGGACUUUUAUUUUAAUGAAAUGAUUUAAUGAAUUCUGUAAUGAGACUGAAAUAAAAUUGACGAUAUUUUAA